AUGGCUGCGAUUGAUCAAGUGUGGCUCAAAGAGCUUCGCAUCCAGGGUGCUCAAGUCAAUCUUUACCAGGCUGAUGUCAGUGACAAGGCGGCUUUAUUGCAAGCCCAUGACCAGAUCGUCAAGGAGAUGCCGCCAAUCUGCGGUACUGCCAAUGCUGCCUUACUCUUGUCUGAUCGAACGUUUACUGAGCUCAAGGUCAACGACUUCACCAAGGUCUUUGGACCCAAGGUCAAGGGUACCCAGAACCUCCAUGAACUUCUCAUUAACCAGAAACUUGACUUCUUUAUCAUGUUCUCUUCUUUGGCCAGUGUUGUCGGUAACCGUGGUCAAGCCAACUAUGCUGCCUCUAACCUUUUCAUGAGCGCCAUCGCUGAACAGCGACGUGUAAAGGGCCUUGCUGCUUCAGUCAUGCACAUUGGCAUGGUUCUCGGCGUAGGUUACGUCUCUUCUACGGGAGCUUACGAGGCUACCUUGCGUAGCUCCAACUACAUGGCCAUCUCCGAGACUGACCUUCUCAACAUGUUUUCCCAGGCCAUUCUCGUCGGCCAGCCCACCUCAACUCAUGCUCCCGAGCUCAUCACUGGUCUCAACCGUUUCAGCUUAGAGCCUGAUGCCCAGAAGUACUUUUGGCGAGACAACAUGCGUUUUUGCCAUCAUAUGCUGGAGGAGGAACACCAAGAGCGUGCAUCGGCCACUAAAGUCUCCAUCUCUCAGCGUCUAUCGGAAGCUAAGGGAACUCCCGAGAUCCUCGCCGUUGUGGAAGAGGAGUUUUGCACCAAACUUGAGCGCUUACUCCAAGCUGAGGCCGGCUCUGUUAAAACGUCACAGUCACUGCUCGGCCUAGGCGUAGACUCCCUUGUUGCUACGGAGAUCAGAUCGUGGUUUCUCAAGGAACUUGAAGUCGAUACUCCUGUGUUAGAGAUCCUUAACACUGCGUCCAUCACUGAACUUUGCUCUACUGUCGUCUCUCACUUGCCAGCUAUUUUCGAAGAGAUCGAGCCCAAGACUGAAGUCACCAAACAGGCAAUCAAGACUCUCAAUGUUGUUGAGACGUCAACGGCGGUGUCUUCAGCCCCGCCCACUGAGAAUGAGCCCUUUACCAUUCGCAACAGCCCAAACUCAACGCAGGUUACCAGCGAAGCUGGUGUUGACGAGGAGACAUCUAUUCAGUCUAAGAUUGAUCGCACUGGCCCUUUGUCCUUCGCUCAAGAACGCUUGUGGUUCCUUCAACAGUUCCUUCGAGACCAUAGCACAUACAACGUCACCAUGCACUAUCACAUCAGUGGUCCUCUCCGACUGCAUGACCUGGAAGGGGCCUUCCAACAGGUGAUCCAUCGCCAUGAGUCUCUCCGUACAUCGUUCUUCAUCGAUCCCUACACUGAUCUGCCGACACAAGCAGUGCUCAAGGACUCCAGCUUUAGGCUAGAGCAGAAGCACAACUCAACUGCCAAGAUCGAGUACGAGGCCAUGCAAGAGAUGUCAUAUGACCUGGAGAAUGGCAAUGUCACCAAAGCCGUUAUUGUCCCAGACUCUGACGGCGACUUUGACCUUAUCUUUGGCUUUCAUCACAUCGCCCUCGAUGGCUACAGCGCUCAGAUCAUGGUUCGUGACCUAGCCAUGGCCUACGCUGGUCAGACCCUUUCAAGCAAGCAGCAAGACUACCUUGACUUCGCUAUUGCUCAUAAGGCAGCUAAAGUCCCGGAUACUACUCUCGCCUACUGGAGGUCCGAACUUGAGGAGCUUCCACCGACCCUAUCCGUCUUCGAUUUUGCCGAGGUGAAGACACGCAUCCCCCUUACGGACUACACAACACGAGCACUUGAGAGGACUCUAUCUAUUGAUCAGGGCAGAAGUAUCAGGACUGUUGCUAAGUGCCUUGACGUCACACCGUUCCACAUUCAUCUUGCUGCCCUCCAGGUUGUCCUUUCUGAUCUCGCUUCAACCAAGGAUCUGUGCAUUGACAUUACUGAUGCCAACAAGAACGAUGCUGCACAUAUGGAUACUGUUGGGUUCUUUGUCAAUCUUUUGCUCCUGCGACUGAAACUGUCGCCCUCACAGACUCUGGCGGAGGUGGUCGCCAACGCCAAGUCCAAGGCCAACAGCGCUCUUUCGCACUCUGACAUCCCCUUCGACGUCCUUCUUGAUGAGAUCAAGCUUCCUCGCUCCACAACCCACAGCCCUCUCUUUCAGCUUGUGGCAUUCAAGGACGCCAACAACCCUUACGACCUGACCUUUGACAUUGAGACUUACCAAGAUGGAUCCGCUUCUAUCAGCGUCAAGACACAGGAGUACCUCUAUUCUGAAAAUCUCUUUGCCUCGGAACCUUCUCGGACCGUAGAACAGAUCUGCAAGCCUACAGCCGAGCAGAUUGGCAAGGCAUUGACCCUUGGCAGAGGUGAAAGGAUCCCAUCUCCUCGCCUUGAGACGUUGUGCCACUACUUCGAGGAAUGUGUUGUCAAACAGCCUGACGAUACUGCCCUCGUCACAGAUAAGGGACAAGCUCUCACCUGGCUGCAGCUGAAGGCUUUGGUCAACCAGAUUACUAUUACCCUUGUUGAAGCUGGGGCUAAGCAGGAAUCACGGGUGUGUGUGUACUGCGAUCCCAGCAUGUACAUCUUUCCCACUCUGAUGGCCAUUGCUGAAGCCGGCGGUGUAUACGUACCUCUCGAUGCCCAGAACCCGAUCAAGCGUCUCCAACUGAUGGUUGAUGACUGCCAACCCGAUGUACUUCUCAUUGAUGACUCAACUGCAACAACAUCCCAUGGACUAGACACGAAAGCCAAAGUAAUCAACGUUAACACUAUCAAGGCUGACCCUUCCAACACCUUUCAUCUGGACAACCGAGUCAGGGGGGAUGGGAUGGGCUACAUCUUCUACACAAGCGGUACAACGGGUGUUCCAAAAGCCGUGGCUUUGACUCAUGCCAGUCUUGUACAUCACUUUGACGGCUUCAUCCACUACAACAAUCUGAACAAGUGUCGCAUGCUUCAACAAGCACCUCUUGGCUUUGAUAUGUCGCUUACCCAGAUGACUCUCGCCAUCAUGCUCGGGGGAACACUGAUCGUUGCAACCAGUGAGACACGCAAGGACCCUAUGCAACUUGCGCAGUUAAUGCUGGAUGAGAAAGUCACUCACACUUUCAUGACGCCUACACUCGCACUAUCGGUCAUUCAUCAUGGCUAUAAAUACUUGAGACAAUGCGUCGACUGUGAAUAUGCGUCUCUCGCUGGGGAAGCAAUGACAACCCGUGUUACGCGCGAGUUCAAGAGACUCGGCUUGAGGAAUCUUGAGCUUCUCAAUGGUUACGGCCCCACUGAGAUUACUAUCAUCGCCACCUGUGGUUCAAAUGAGCUCGGUGAUACUCUGCGCGAUACUCACAAUCCAAGCAUCGGGCGUACUUUGCCCAAUUAUUCCUGCUACAUCUUGGAUGAGAACAUGCAGCCUGUCCGCCCUGGACUCGCUGGAGAACUGGUGAUCGGAGGUGCUGGCGUUGCCAUUGGAUACCUCAACAAACAAGAUCUUACAGAGGCCAAGUUCCUUCCUGAUCCUUUCUCAACAGCUGAAGAUGUUGCUCGUGGGUGGACUCGAAUGUACCGUACAGGCGACAAGGCCAGGUUUCUGUCGGACGGGCGUCUCUGCUUCCUUGGACGUAUCGCUGGUGACUCGCAGAUCAAGCUCCGAGGUUUCAGAAUUGAGCUCGAAGAUAUUGCCAGCACUAUAGUCAGGGCCUCCGAUGGUAAAAUCCCUGAAGCGGCUGUUUCACUUCGUGGUGAAGGAGAUAGUGCAUAUCUUGUUGCCUUCGUCAUCCUUUCCCAGUCCAACUGCCUUUCAGACGAGAAAGGCUAUCUAAAGCAGCUUCUGAAGGAGUUAUCCCUUCCGCGAUACAUGAAACCCGCCAGAAUUAUCUCCAUUGACCAGCUUCCCAUGAACGCUUCUGGCAAGUUGGAUCAAUAUGCUCUUGAUGCUCUUCCUGUUCCUCAUGAAGAGGACAUAGUUGAUAAGCCCCUCACUGAGACUCAAGAGAGGCUCAAGCUAGGUUGGCUCAAGGCCCUGCCGUUUGUUGACGCGGCUAUUGGCCCAGACACAGACUUCUUUUCUGCAGGAGGUAACUCCCUUCGCAUCGUCAGUUUGAGAGAGUACAUCACACGCGAAUUCGGAGUUCCCGUCUCUGUUUUUGAUCUCUUCCAAGCGAGUACUCUUGGAGAGAUGGCUGCGAAGAUCGAUGGCUCUACGACUCAAGGACAUAUUACAACGCCAAUUGAUUGGGACGAAGAGACUCACAUUGACGCUGACUUGAGCAUCGUUGGAGCCCAAGAGCCACUCCCUUCCGAGACAACAAAUGAUCUUCAUGUCGCCCUCACCGGUGCAACUGGAUUUUUGGGUGUUGCGAUCCUCAAGUGUUUACUCGAGGACAAGCGUGUAUCCAAGGUCCAUUGUCUUGCUGUUCGGUCUUCCUCCAACACAAGUGAUCCAGUGUUUUCAUCUUCGCGGGUCGCGUGCUACCCAGGAGAUCUAUCCUUGCCACGACUCGGUCUGUCUCAAGAGCAGUUCGAUCAACUUGCCGACACAGUCGAGCGAAUCAUUCAUAACGGCGCCGAUGUUUCUUUCCUCAAGACAUAUCAGUCCUUGAAGCGAUCAAAUGCAUCGUCGUCUAGGGAGCUAGCACGGAUGGCGAUUACGCGAAGGAUUCCAGUGCACUUCGUCUCAACUGGUGGUGUUGUGCAACUUACUGGCCAAGACGGUCUUGAUGAGGUUUCCGUUGCAGAUUCUGUACCUCCUACUGAUGGCUCACUUGGCUACGUUGCUUCUAAGUGGGCUUCGGAAGUUAUACUCGAAAAGUAUGCCAGCCAAUGCAACCUACCGGUCUGGAUCCAUCGUCCAUCCAAUAUUACGGGUCCAAAUGCUCCGAAGGCGGAUCUUAUGCAGAACAUCUUCCAUUACUCUGUCAAGACAGCGUCCCUUCCUGACUUGGCUGCGUGGAGUGGUUGCUUUGACUUUGUUCCAGUGGACGUUGUGGCUGAGGGCAUUGCUAGCUCCAUCUACGAGACUCAGACUCAUGUUACAGUAGCGUACAAGCAUCACUGCGGUAAGGAGAAGAUCUCUGUGGAGGAUCUACCGUCUUACCUUGAAGCGGAGCACGGCAAGAUUGAGAUGGUCAGUGUUGAAGAGUGGUUGGAGCGUUCGAAGGCUGCAGGACUUGAUGGGGUUACUGCAGCGUUAGUUGAGAAGACGUUGAGCGGAGGGGGGGUUGUUCCUUGGCUUCGAAAGGAAGCCAAUUAG